AUGUUAUCCUGUGUUGUGUCUAAACAUGGAAAUGUAAUAAUAAUAUCUGAGAUUUCCUCUUUUGUUCUCGUUUUCAGUUCAGUCAAGAGUUGGAAAAUGGAAGGGACUGUGUUCACGCCUUGUUUGGAAGGAAUGAAGCAUGUCAAAUCUGAACAAGGCGAGAUGCUUACUAUGCCUUUUCUUGACCUCUGCAAGACCCUCUUCCCUGUUUUAGAUAAGUUUGGAGCUGCUAUGACUAUCGUGAAAUCUGACAUUAGUGGCAACAUAACGAGGUUGGAGAAGAACUACUUGUCUGAUCCAGACAAGUACAAGUACUUGUACACCAUUGUUCAAGGUGAAAUUGAGUCAGGGACAGCAAAAGGAUCGUCUAGUUGUACCAAUGGUCUUCUCUGGUUAACCAGAGCAAUGGAUUUCUUAGUGGAGUUAUGCCGCAACUUGGUAGCACAUCAAGACUGGUCAAUGUCACAAGCUUGUGGUGACUCGUACCAAAAAACACUCAAGAAAUGGCACGGAUGGUUCGCUAGCUCUACCUCUUCUAUGGGUUUAAAGCUUGCUCCAGACAGGAAGAAGUUCAUGGAGGUUACAGCUGGUUCUGGUGACAUCAAUGCUGACAUGGAAAGGUUUUUCUCAGAGUUUGGUCCACUCCUUCAAGAAAAUCACAAAUUUCUGGUAAACAUGGACUUUAAAAACCUCAAAUUAUUGCAAUGUCUUCAGAUUUCAUCACUAGCUUUGAUUCUCAUGUUGUUCUUGUUUUUAUUUAUUCGCAGGCUAGUGUUGGUAUGGACGACAUGAAAGCUGCUUAAGCCACCAUAUGUUUACUGCCUGUCUGGUUUAACUUUUCUUCUUUGGAUUCUAAAACUUGUAGACCCACCAAAAGAAACAGAAUAGUGUGUCCAUUUCUAGCUGAAUGUUGUUCACUUAAUUUAUACUAUAAAGUUUA